CGCCUGGGGACAAAGGUGCGAUGGGAAUCCCUGGGCGGCCGGGACUAAAAGGGCAAUCCGGAGAGAAGGGUGCUCCAGGAGAAGCUGGCAUGUCUAUCAUCGGGCCCCGUGGUCCACCCGGACAGCCUGGAACAAGAGGUUUUCCUGGAUUCCCGGGCCCUAUUGGCUUGGAUGGCAAACCGGGCCAUCCUGGACAGAAGGGAGAGAUGGGUGCUGCAGGUCCCAGGGGACAACCUGGACCCCCAGGACAAAAAGGAGAGAAGGGUCAGUGUGCAGAGUACCCGCACAGGGAAUACCUAAGUACCACACUUGCAGCCCUGCGCUCUAACCAGAUCCUUACGCUGAAGGGUGAACAAGGACAAGCGGGGAUCCAAGGUCCCCCAGGGCCCCCUGGUCCGCCAGGGCCUGCUGGACCAGCCGGACCCGAAGGAAUCCCAGGACGUCCUGGGCCAAUUGGACCCCCUGGCAGAGCGGGAGAACCUGGAAAACCUGGCAGAGAUGGAAAGGGCUUACCUGGGCCUCCUGGACCAAAGGGAGACGCUGGGAUUCAGGGAUACCCUGGCAGAAAGGGUGCUCCUGGGAUGGCCGCCGCAGGGAUGAAGGGCGAGCCUGGGACUCCAGGAGAAAAGGGAGAUUCUGGAGUCCCAGGGAGGAUGGGCCCCCCAGGUUUGCCAGGGAAGAGGGGGCAGCGGGGUGAGAAGGGACGAGCUGGUGACCCUGGGCUUCCUGGACUCCCUGGCCCAAAGGGAGAGAAGGGAAUUGCUGAGAAUGCUUUGGUGGGAGCUAAAGGAGAACCUGGCCCUCCAGGUCUGCCUGGACCCCCUGGACCAAAGGGAGAAGCUGGUGAUGUUGGUCAGCCUGGUGCUGCAGGAUCACAGGGAGAAAAGGGGGAACGUGGUUCACCGGGAGACCAGGGACCCAUGGGCCCCAGGGGCCCCAAAGGAGAGCCUGGGAAGGAUGAAAUGAUGGACUAUGAUGGGAACAUCAGUGAAGCUCUCCAGGAAAUACGAACUUUGGCCUUGAUGGGACCCCCAGGACGUCCAGGUGUGGCUGGACCUCCAGGGCCACCAGGACAGAAGGGUGAAAUUGGCUUGCCAGGUCCUCCAGGCCAUGAUGGAGAAAAGGGACCACGUGGCAAGCCUGGAGAAAUGGGCCCCCCUGGCCCUCAUGGGCUGCCAGGAAAGGAUGGACCUCCUGGAAUAAAGGGAGAGCCAGGCCACGUCGGGGUCAGAGGAGAAAAGGGCGAUAAGGGAGAGCCAGGACAAGCAGGCUCACCGGGUCUAGAUGGCCCCACUGGAGAGAAAGGCGAACGAGGUGACCAAGGGAUACCAGGACCAUCAGGAUUGCCAGGGCCCAUUGGACUUCCAGGAUUGACAGGAGAGAAGGGUGAGCCUGGGGAGCGUGGAGACAAAGGAAAUCCAGGAGAAUCGAUAUCUGGACCCCCUGGACCCCAAGGCCCUCCAGGACCUCCGGGUCUUCAGGGAAUUCCCGGACCCAAGGGGGAAGCAGGGAUUGAUGGAGUGAAAGGAGAGAAGGGUGCCCAGGGUGAAAAAGGAGACAGAGGGCCACUGGGAUUACCCGGUGCUUCAGGUUUAGACGGCAGGCCUGGACCACCGGGUAUUCCAGGACCAGUUGGGGUUUCGGGACCAGCAGGACCAAAAGGAGAAAGGGGCAGUAAAGGAGAUCCUGGAGUUGCAGGACCAAUGGGGCCAGCAGGGCUUCCUGGUUUACAAGGUCUACCUGGUGAGAAGGGAGUCCGGGGGGAGAGGGGCAAGAAAGGCUCUAGAGGGUCUAAAGGGGAUAAGGGAGACCAAGGAGCACCUGGAUUAGAUGCACCCUGUCCGUUGGGGGAAGAUGGCCUUCCAGUUCAAGGCUGCUGGAAUAAGUGAUGAUUCUAACCCUGGACUGACCUGUGUGUGUUACUGUACAUAGAAUAUUUAUUUUUAUAUGGUGUUCUUCUCUGAAAUGCCAAAAGUUAAACAUUUUUACAAAUUAUCAAAAAUGGCAUAUUUUUUUUGUACAGAAAAUACUAGAUCUCCCUUUUUCCCCAUUUGUCAGUUCUCUGUAUGAUUCUAUGUCUGCAUUAUGCUUAUUUUGUCAUGGAGUACAGCUGUAAUAUUUACAUGGUAUUUGUGCACACAUGAUGAAUAUAGGAGCUUAAUAAAUUAUUGCAUUAAAAGUGCCCAAAGGAACUGCCCUGUAUAGAUUUAAAGGUCAUUUUCAUUUUUCAAGCUGGAUCAUUCAAGAAUAUUUCAAAAUAUUAUGUAUUUUUUAUUAAAGUGAAAUAUUAACACUUCUGUUGUGAUGAAUUAAAGUGUUGCUGAAAAACCUCGUAGUAGUCCCCGUGCGCUGGGAAUGUAGGGACACCAUAAUCUAUAAUUAUCCCCCCAUGAACUGGAAUAACCCUCAUGAAAACGAGCCCUGGUUAGCAAGAAAUUCUAAUCCCUUUCUAAAUUGCAGGCCUUCAAGCAGCUUAAUUAAAGCCUUAUUUAAAAUUAAGCAUAACGCAGCAUACCUUGAUACCCUAACAAAUGUGUGUUUGUGAAAUCAAUCCACGUGGCUUUUAAAAAUGUUUACCGAAGGUGGCAUGCGAAUUUGCAGAGUGUAUAAUUAUAAUUUGCAUAUGCACAUCUUAAUUAUCCUUCCUGACCUACCUUUAUUGAUGUCUCAAGUCUAAACUACCCAGAGAGGAAAACACCACCAGGCUAAAGUGAACAUAACAGCGUGCUUUGCUUAGAAAAUGAGGGGGAAAGUGGAAGGCUAAAUCUGUUCUCUGAGAGAUGUCCACUUGCCUUGGCCCUUCACAUAGUGGGCAAAGGCAGUGGGCAAAGCAGGAGCCUCAGGGGGAAGCUGCCAGUAUUUAAUGGUCCCAAAGGAGAAACAGCAGUGCUGAUUUAUUAGUGAGAUUGAUCCACUGAAGUCCUGCUCUUUGCCGCCACAACAGGAAUUUGGCUCCUCCUGGCUACAGCUGUGCCAGUGGAAGGGGUCACCACUGUGAUUCUCCCUGUACUCAACUAUUCAUCUGUUCACAAACUAUUAAUUGGUUAUUUUUCUAGAUGAUUCCAUGCAGCUUCUUAGCACCAUCAUCAUAAAGUGACAGAGAAGGGACGUAGUUCCCUCGUACACAGUCUUGCUGGGCACUGCCCAAGGAACCCAGCCCGGGCUCUGACUGCUGCAAUCCAUCUGUCACCUCACACUUUCAGAAAUUUAUUGAAUUUCAUCUAAAACCAGUGAGGUUUCCACUGUCCUGUGUCCUUUCCCUCCCUGCCCUGCAGGCUGUUCCGACUCCAGUGCUCUCACAGUUAGGAAACUCCUUGUGACUCUUUCAACCUAAACUAAUUCAUGAUAUUUACAACCAUUUGUUCUCAUGCCAACAUUGUCCUUGGGAUGAAACAUUUUUACCCGUGAUGUUUUCAUGAGAUGCUCGGCGUACUGGAGCGGAAACGGCACAGAAAGAAAAUGAACCACAGAGCACUGAGGGAUUCUCGCUGGUUUUCUCACUAAUAGAUGUUGUUAAUAAAAGCCUCAGCUCCCUGUUAAAAGGCUUUGCAGCUGUGAAGCUGAGCUAAUUGGAACAGCUAAUGUUCCAAUUGUGUUUCAAUUGCACACCUGUUAAAGCAGUUACUUUAAGUUACCAAAGCCAGGUGUACUCCUGCUUUGGGUUUGGAAGGUUGUAGUAAUAUGUUCUGCUCUGAUCUUGAAGCAUUCAGCUUCAAGGUAGGAUGUCUGAAUGCUUCAGUCCCUUCUAAGAAUCCUGGCUAUUCUUAAUCCUUAAAAUCACAGAGAUCC